AUGAAUUUUUCUGAUGUUCCGGGAGAAAUAGAUAAAAUUAUGUCAGUUUUAGCGUGCUUGUUGCAAGGUCCAUUGAUAGCCCACGCGAGCCCCCAAAAAUCCAGCACAACUGAAAUGCUAAUAAAUCAUGCACAUCAAAACGGAUCAUCCUCAAAGAAACGCACAAGCAUUUUGCAAAUGCCAAGAUGCGUAUAUAUGGAUGAAUUCUCGUUACGUUUCAUUGCAAACGAUUGUUUAUCGGCUGGCAGAUCUGUCGAACAGUUGU